AUGGCAUCGACAUCGACGAAAUUACGUCCGUUAGUCAAAGGCAAGAUUGUGAAAAAACGCACGAAGAAAUUCAUUCGCCAUCAAAGCGACCGAUAUGAUCGUCUUCGUCCAAACUGGCGUAAACCAAGAGGUAUUGACAAUCGUGUUCGUCGACGCUUCAAGGGUGUGUUUUUGAUGCCAUCGAUUGGGUAUGGUUCAGAUAAACGCACACGUCACAUGCGUCCAGAUGGUUUUCGUCCAUUUCUUGUUAACAACGUUAAGGAACUCGAAAUGUUAUUGAUGCAAAACCGUAAGUUUGCUGCUGAAAUCUCUCACGCUGUUUCAGCACCAAACCGUAAGAAGAUCAUUGAACGUGCUCAACAGUUAGCCAUUAAGGUUACCAAUCCACACGCACGUCUACGUGCCGAAGAAAAAGAAUAA